GCGAUCGGCAUCAGUCGACAGUGGUCGACUGUGGUUGACACAUAAGACGUAAAGGCGGAUUCACAUGCAACUGUAAAGCAAUAAUUUCAUCCGCAUUGAUCCGCAGUUAACUUGGGAUAGAAACAUAGAAAUAUGGACUGGAAAUCACAACUCGACAUUAAAUGUUGAGGUUGGCUGUAAGUUUAUCGCAAUCACUCUUGCGAAAAGUUUUUGAAAAGCAUUUGAUCUGGAGCACCACAAGAACAUUAUUUGAACAAACGCAAGACAGUAAAAUGGUGAAAUUUUUGCAACAAUCUGAAGCAAUACAAAUUGAUAAAGAUCUUUUUGACAAAUUCAAGUUCAGUGUUGAUCAGUUAAUGGAAUUAGCUGGACAAAGCUGUGCAAUUGCAAUUGCCAAAUGCUAUCCAUUAUCAGAAAAUUCUUCAAGUCCAGUACUCAUUUGUUGUGGACCAGGAAAUAAUGGUGGAGAUGGUCUCGUUUGUGCUAGACAUUUAAAACUCUUUGGGUAUUCUCCUGAGGUCUACUACCCAAAGAGAACAAAUAGCACUCUUUAUGAAAAUUUGACACAUCAGUGUAUUGAAAAUGAUAUUCCACUUUUGGAAAAUAUCUCUCAAUUGAAAGAGUCCAGCGAAUACCUUCUAAUAGUCGAUGCUCUGUUUGGAUUUAGUUUUAAACCACCAGUCAGAGAGACCUUUGUACCAAUUAUUCGUACAUUGGAAACUGCAAGUGUUCCUGUCUGUAGUAUAGAUAUUCCAUCAGGAUGGAAUGUCGAAACUGGUCCUCCGGCAGAAGGUGGAAUCAAGCCUGAAAUGUUAAUAUCGCUAACAGCACCAAAACAAUGUGCUAAGAGCUUUAGAGGAAAGUACCAUUACUUGGGAGGACGAUUUGUGCCAAGAAAACUGGAAUUACAGUACAAUCUCAAUCUUCCUAAAUAUCCUGGAACAGAAUUAGUUAUCCCGCUGCAAUGAAUUAUGAAAAAUACAAUGAUCUCUCUCUGUAGUUAAUUAAGUAAAUUUAUUGAUUAUGAUUCUUGUCAAAUCUCAAUCGGUAAUCAGACUUAAAAUAGAAAGGAAAGAACGUUGACUGUCACAUAUACUGUAUAUACUGUAAAAUGAUGUUUUUUUAAUAAUAUACUAUUGGAUUAAGUCAAAUUACUUUGUUUAUCAAGUAUAUCUACAAAAAUCAAAGUGUUACUGCAAACCUAGUAUAUAUACAGUAGAUGUAAAAUAUCCUACAAUAAUAAUUGUUAAUCAUUAUCCUUAAAUCACCGACAAUAAAACAAUAAAAUUACCAGAA